UUGACUUUGUUCUUGUGAUUUAAUGAAUAUUUAUGACAUUUUUCAGAACUAAAAAUGUCAUUGUUUAUUGAAAAUAGACACUGUCGGUGACUCUGGCACAUAGACAAUUAUGACUACGUCACUGCUCGGGCAGCUUGGCUAGUUUUGAGAAAAAAAGUAGAAAUAGAAAAAAGGUUAUGACUGGUAACUGAACUAACCUAAAAAUUAAAAAUUGCAAAUUUGAAAAACGCUGUAACUAUUUAUCAUCAUCAAAAAUUUCAACAUGGUCUUCAAGAAUGUAAAAAUGCCGAAAUAUUUCGUUCUCGGAUCUACGAUAGCAGCUGGUUUUGGUGUUGCUUGUUUGACAAAGGAGUGGCUGGGAGGACUGAAUUAUCAAGGUUCAGAUACUGCAGUCGCUGAAGGAAAAGUCGUCAUUAUAACUGGAGCCAAUACUGGUAUUGGAAAGGAAACUGCUUGGGAAUUAGCUAAGAGAGGUGCAAGAGUUUACAUGGCUUGUAGAGAUAUGAAACGUUGUGAAACUGCCAGGGAGGAAAUUGUAUUGAACACUAAAAAUAAAUACGUUUACUGCAGAAAGUGCGAUCUGGCAUCUUUGGAGUCUGUAAGAGAAUUUGCAGAGAAUUUCAAGGCUCGUGAGAAAAAAUUGGAUGUGCUGAUUAACAAUGCAGGGGUGAUGAAAACCCCAAAAUCAAAAACGAAAGAAGGAUUUGAGAUGCAGUUAGGAGUGAAUCACAUGGGACAUUUUUUACUCACCAAUUUACUUCUAGAUAGAUUGAAAGAAUCGGCACCAAGUAGGAUAAUCAAUGUGACAAGCGUGGCUCAUAAGUCGGGAAAGUUGCAAAAGGAUGAUUUGAAUAGUGACCGAAACUAUGACUCUUAUGGUGCCUAUGCUCAAAGUAAAUUAGCCAAUGUACUGUUCACUAAAGAACUUGCCAGGAGACUUGAAGGUACGGGUGUCACUGCAAACUGUGUCCACCCUGGAAUAGUAGAUACAGAAAUAACGAGGCAUAUGAGUUUUUACAAUAGCUGGUUAGCUACCAUAUUUGUCAAACCGUUAGCAUGGCCUUUCGUCAAGAGUCCCAAGCAAGGGGCACAGAGUACAAUAUUCUUAGCUAUCGAUAAAACUGUAGAAAAAGUGACUGGAAAAUAUUUUAGUAAUUACGAAGAAAGCAACGUGGGUGAAAAUGCUACUAAUGAAAGCGAUGCUAAAUGGUUGUGGGCAACAAGUGAGAAAUGGACUAGAGUGAGCCCCAAAUAAUGUAUUUGAAAUAAAUCUAUAUAAAUCGAAAA